GCCAUGAUUCAAACAUUUUUGUCGUUAAUUUAUACAAUUUAAAUAUGGAUUAUUGCUGUUCCCAAUGCUCCUUCUCAUCACAGUUUCAGAGCGCCCUUCUUAUGCAUAAACAAUUACACCAUGCUAAUGUCAAUCCUAUAAAAUCAAUGCCUGGCGUGAAUGAAAAAUCCUCGUUUACAAAUAUUAAAGGGAUUAAAUUGCCCACUAGAACGAUGUCAGCUACAAAGUUGUUUGAGAAGUUGCGCACGCGACUGUGUCGAAGUAAAACUUUGUUUUCGCAUCCCGAAGAGAAUGUGUUGGGUGAUUUCGAUUUUCCGCAAAGUGAAUGUACUUCGAAAGCUCUAAAGGAGAGCUUUUGCAAUGAAGCCAAGGAUGUCUUUUCGUGUCACUUGUGUUCAUUUAAUGCAGAUAGAAUAACAGUACUCGACCGCCACCUUUUGAACGACCAUAAACUCGGUUUGGACAAUCUUCUAAAACUGGUCAUGGCUAAAACUAAAAAUGGUUUGGAAGACGAUAAGCAAUUAGAAAACGGGACGCGUCAGCCAUAUUAUCAAUUGACAGAAAACGAGUAUGUAAUCGAAACGGUCACGCCAAAAAUUAAGAUACUGAAGCACGUAGCUGUCAACACAGACUUGACGUUGAUAGAUGUCGAGAUGACGGUCGACAAAGAGGACGCGGUGUGCGAGAAGGACGUGUUUUCGAAAAUGAAGAGUCUUAAUGAAUAUAUGUGCAAGUUUGUUGAUUCGUCCAACACGUUGAAGAGGGUUUUGACCAAGGAGAUUGAUCAGAAAAGAUCGAAUCGAUCCACUGUUGAUCCACUGGAGUUGGGGGAUCGAGAUUCACCUCACGGUUGGGAAAAGGCUUGCAGCGAAAAGAUUGGUAGGAAUAGGAGAAAUCGUGAUUCCAGAAAAAGAAAUCAGCUAUUAUGAACACAAGAAGACGUCAUCCAAAUGCGUUGGUGUUUGGGAAUCUAAAAUUGUACCAGUUUUAAGUAAAAAAUUAUCACCGAUAAUUCAAACGGAAUCGCACACGACAAGUCCGCUUGAUAUUACAAAGAAAAAUAGGAACAAUUCAACUCAAACAGUCGUAAAAGAAACGAAACCAAACGUUGAUAAAUUACCAGAAGUAGCUAAAGCUAAAGUUGAUAAGGAAUCAUCUGAUUCCCUGGUUCAACACAUACAUAAUCUUGAGAAUCCCAGCUUUGACAAAACAUCUGAAGAUCUAAUUGAAAAUAAAUUAGAAAGGGAAUAUAGGAAAAUGUUUGCAACCGACGAAGGGUCUGAUUUAAAACGCGCAUCUGUGAGAAAGCGUUUUGAAAGUUUGCGAAAAGGAAUGUCAAGAAAUGACUCAGUGAAGAGCGUAAGCCGCAAGGAUGUGUCCAUAGCUUCCGACCCACCGUCGUUGGAAGCAAAAUCGUACUCGAAUACCAAAGUUUACAGUCCAUACACCUCAUACACACAAUUUAAAGGCACUAAACAAGCAGAAAAAUCGAAUUCAUCCACUCAUAUUAUAGAGAGCCAAAGUGUAAGAGGCAUGUUUAAGUUGUGGGGAAAGAAAUUCAAUCUCGAAGAAGAAAAAGAAAAGAUACCAGAAAAAGUUGUGCAGAUAGUGGUCCCAAGUAAAAGUGGGAAGAAAAGCAAAUUUUUCUGCUUCAAUAAGCGCAGUAAACGUGAUAAGAAGAGUGUCACAGCUAACAGAUGCGAAGUUGGAUUGAAAGUUAAAAUGAAUUCGAAACACAAAAUUCCAGAUAAAUGCCAAAACAAUGCAAAGGGAUAUUUAAAUAGUACGAAAGAGUUGGUAGUAGAACUCGAAUCGGAAAGUUAUUCAAAUGAAAUGCGGAAAUCGUGGCUGAAGAAGUUUCUAACCAACAAAGUCGAUUCGAGACAAAGCGUUAAACUUAGGUGGAACAACAAAAUGUAUUCCACAAGCAGCAGCACAGUGUUUGAAUUACUCGACUGCGUUUACAAAAACACAGUGAUCCAAUCGAAAAGUGAAAUCUCGUGUUCCCAAAACAAAUUCAUGCCGAGAACUAUCGAAGCCUGGAUGAUACCACAGAUAAUUACACAAAUGAAUCCCCAGGCCAUGAAUGCACAGAUAGUAAGUCCCCAGGUUACAACUGUAGAUGUGAUACAUAAGCCUUUUCGGAAGAACAUCAAAGUGACGUAUUUAGAUAGAAAAUGGUAUAUAGACAAGUCACAUAGGGGCAAUAAAAUUGAAUUAGUACUUCAUUCAAAGAAUUUGAUAGAGUCAAAAAGCUCUGAUUAUAUUCUGAUAGACAUACCGAAAGGUUAUUUUACAGAUUCAAUGGAAUCAAGUCAAAGUGAAGAAGUUUUUAAAAUAACUGAUUAUGAAUCUCCAAAUUCUAAACCGUCGAUUUUAAAGCGUAAUUUGGAUACGGGUGACCAUGUUCUAAUAGAAAAUGAUAAAAAAAGUAUAUUAAUAAGUUCUAAUGAUGUAUCAGUGCCGAUUAGUGAUAAAGAGAGUGUUCAAGAAUUGCCAAGAGGUGUCAUAAAUGAAACAAUGCCAAGUACAGAUGAAGAAGUUGAAUAUAGUGACUAUAAUCACAAUGAAUGUGAUCGUGCUGUAAAAGGAAGUGGUGAUACAGAAAAUGAAGAAAAUGAUUUGAAGAAAGACGGUGAGAAAGAGAAUGAUAGUGAUAAUUUUAAUGUAAACGAGGAUAGACAAACGGAACAAAGUGAACAGAAUUUAGAGCAAAUUGGGGACACUAUAUUAGACAAUAACGUUGCGGUCAUUCAAGAAAAUGAGCAUAUACACUGUGAUGUAAUCGGUGUUGGUAUAAUUACGCAGAGAGAUAUAAGAGAUAUAAAGAAACCAAUAUUGAAAAUCCAAGAUACCGAUUCUGACUCUGCCCAUAAUCUACCUCCACCGAAAAAGUGUGAAUUUGCCGAGAGUUACCUCCAAGAAUACUGCCGAAACUGGAUUCCUUUGGGCAUAGAUUUUUUCUCUUGGUGCGUGAGUGAUACCCAGAUAAAGUCAGACUCCCACACCAGUCUUAACAAUCAAGGUGACGGCUCCAAAUCCUGCCCGAAUAUGUAUGAAGAGCCCUCAACUGUGGUAUCUUCGUACAACUCGUCUUGUAGUCACUGUCUCGCGUUGGAAGAGGAGCCAAAGAGGCAGAAUUUCCUGAGUAAAUUUUUCGGAAAAUCCGAUAUUGCCAGCACGGAAGCUCAGUCUAUUUCGGAACUGAAGAGAUUCCAGCCAAAAGAUUCUAUUGAAGUCUUCAAACGUCGAAAGAUUUAUUCUGAAGGAUAUAACGCUAAGUGGAAUAAACUGUGCCCCAAACCGUGUAUAACGCCAGCUCCGGAAUCGAAGCCGAAGAAACAUGUCUCGAUACCCGAAUGCCAGCCGUAUGAGGUAGUGGAGCAGCCAUGCAAGAAGUGCUUUCCAGGGAUUCUCAAUCUUUCUGGGUCCAAACCUUGCAAGAAAAAGCACAAACACACUUAUGUUGUACCUGACCCCAUUUGUGCCAUACCGCCAAAGCCUGUAUGUUCCAAUAUAUGUUCGAAAGAGUGUUGUCCACCUUGCGUUAAGGACAAAGGAAAAAAUAGUAGGCCAUGUGCCGGAAAAUCUCCUCCAAUUUGCGGUAGAUGUCCACCAUUAACACCAUCUGAAAUUAUUAAUUUAAUGAGAAAAUUCCCCGACUGCCCAUCGUUACCUCAAAGAUGUCCCCUAUGUAAUACAGCGAUCAUGCCCCAAAAAUGUUUAAAGUGCUGCACAUUAAUAUUACCCAAAAAAUGUCCAAAGUGUGCUGCACCAGUGUCACCAUUGAAGUGCGCAAAGUGUGCCAAACCUAUUAUGCAACAAACAUGUCCAAAUUGUCCAUCUAUAACGGUCCCGAUUAAAUGCCCCAGGUGUACCAUGGAAUUGAUGCCUCAAAAAUGUCCACAGUGCUGCUCGAUUCUCGUUCCACAAAACUGUCCGAGAUGCACUUCACAGAUAAUUCCAUCUAAAUGUCCUAUGUGCUCUACGAUUGUUCAGCCUCCAACCUGUCCCAAAUGCUGUGUUCCUUUACCCCAGAAGUGCCCCAAAUGCUCUCCAACGCAAAUAUGUCCAAAGUGUUCUUCGCAAAUACCACCUCCAAAAUGUGGAGAGUGUCGUCAGGAGAUAUUACCAAAAAAGUGUUCUCAGUGUUCGUCACCGGUCCUACCACCGACUUGUCCAAAAUGUCGUUCUCAAACGACCCCACAAAUAUGUCCCAAGUGUUCCACAAAGGUCAUUUCUCAAAAAUGUCCCAGAUGUUGCCCUGCACUUCAAAAAUGUCCUCAAUGCUCUACACAGUUGCCACCUCCAAAAUGUGGAGAGUGUCGUCAGGACAUAUUACCUAAAAAGUGUUCUCAGUGUUCGUCACCGGUCCUACCACCGACUUGUCCAAAAUGUCGUUCUCAAACGACCCCACAAAUAUGUCCCAAGUGUUCCACAAAGGUCAUUUCUCAAAAAUGUCCCAGAUGUUGCCCUGCUUCCCAGAAAUGUCCUCGUUGUCGUACACAGUUGCCACCUCCAAAAUGUGGAGAGUGUCGUCAGGAGAUAUUACCAAAAAAGUGUUCUCACUGUUCGUCACCGGUCCUGCCGUUUGUUUGUCCUAAAUGCCGCACUCAAACCUGCCCACAAAUAUGCCCCAAGUGUUCCAUAGAGGUCCUACCCAAGAAGUGCCCUAAAUGCUCACCCCAAUCUCCUAUAAAAAAAAUCUUAUCUACAAUUUUUCCCCCUAAAUGUCCGAUAUGUUCUUCUCCACUCAAGCCCCAAAAUUGUCCAAAAUGUUGUACUCCUAUUCCCCCCAAAUUGUGCCCCAAAUGCUCUAUACCUAUAGCGUCUCCAAAAUGUCCCAAUUGUAAUUCUUCAAUAUCAUCAAGAUGUCCCAAAUGCUCAUCACCAUUGCCACAAUCAUGUCCAAAGUGCCCAGCACAGUGCCCAAAAAGCUGCUCGCCGAUACGUGUACAGAAAUGUCCGAAGUGUUUCGUGCCUAUAUUAACUCAAAAAUGCCCAAACUGUUGUUCUCUAUUAUGUCCUACUACUCCCUCACAAACUUCAUUACGAGGUUCUCAAAAAUCACCAAGUAUUUCCCAAAAGCCCUCAACUCAAAGUAUACCUGACUUCUGUAAUCUGUCUCAAGCGAAUUCACCAAGACCUAAUUCAAUCUCUGGUAUAAAACUUGCAAAGCCCAGGUCUUGCCCUCCUUGUCCACACCCAACACUGAACUUUCCACCUCAAACUUCUUCAAAGCAAUCUCUAAAUGAUUGUUCCAAUUGUGUAAAUCAACUGCAAGAAACACCGAGCUCACAAGAGUUAAGAGAAGGCUAUAACAUUAAAGUGCAAGAUGAGGAUGGUCAAACGUUGUACGAAAGGAUUGAUUACAGAUCAAACAAACCUCAACAGUAUCAGAACAAAAUAUGUGGAGAUUCUUAUAUUCACAGAGUGUCAACGCCAUCUGUUGUUCUGAACAAAGUAGGACUAAACGAAAACGAUUCUCAAAAGAAUAGUCACGAAAAUUUAUUAGAAAUUAAUCUAACCCUUAAAUUUAAACAAGGCGAUAAAACUGAAAUCAAUGUUUGUAAUCCAGAUUCACAAAAGGAGGAAAAGCAAGAUGUUAUUAAAGCAAAAGAAAUCUUUCACAUGCAAGAUGCCAAAGAGUGUAUUGAUACGGACAAAAAUGACGUGAACAUAAAAAUUUUAAUUAAAAACUUCACAGGAAAUGAAGAAUUCAAAUCUAAGCAUAUUGAUAAAUCUAGUGAACAGACCGAAUUCAGUAAAAAUAUAACAAAUAAAUUUCAAACCGUUUCCACAGGUUACAGUGAAUUUGUUUUAGAUCAAACUAUGGAUGAAGGAAUCUGUACAGAUUGUAUAAACACAGAAAAGUCGUGUGUAAACAUAAAAAAAGAACAAGUUUUAACUGUAUCAUCAAUAAGUUUUACAGAGCACACGGCUACAGAUGUAAGUUCUAUUAAGAACGAUGUAGAUUUCGAUUUUAAAACAGAUAUAAGUGAAAGAGACGCUACAGAGAAAUCAGAGAGUGUAUUUACAGAUGAAGAAAAACACGAAAACUAUUUCAACGAAACUAUUAAGAAACUGCGCAGUAAGCGAGAAAAGAAGGAAAUGUUAAAAAAGUUAUUUGAACAAUCAGAUGUCAUCGAUAAAGAAAAAGUUAAAAGCGUUCGACAAACAUUGCAAGCAAUACUAACAGACAGCGAUGAUUCAACUGACCAAAGAGGUCUAACAUUAUUAAAACCUUAUUUCAGAAGUGACAGCUUGACAAACCUCUAUGACUUUGACAAUACAAUAAUAGAAGAGAAGAAAUCGGACAUUCUGUAUCCGACGAAAGAAAACAGCUCCGACAGUGAAACACCAAAACGAUGCAUGUGUAAAACGCUGGCUGCUAAACUCAAUAUGGAUUUUCCGAUCAAUCCAUGCUGUUGCCGAGGGUGUGACAAACAAGAUGAGGAAGUCAGCUGCGACCUACAACUUGUUGACGUACAGACACAAGAUUCACGGAGGAGAACAUACAUAACAAACGUGUCAAUGGUCAAAAAGUCAUUUGAAGUUUUUGAUACGGAGACAGAUUUCGUUGAUAUCCUGCAAUCCGAAGAGCUGAAGAAAGCUGUAUUGGAGAUAUAUGCAGAGAAAACAGCGACAAAAGAGGGUACGCGAUACAUAGCGCGGCUGCCUAAACUUGUUUUUGGCAAUGAUUGACAGCUGACAGUCUGUCAAGUAACAUGACGUCUUAAAAUUAAACGUCAUGAAAAUUGCCAUUUGUUUUUUCAGUUUCUAUAUUACU